AUGCACUGUGGCCCGCCGUAUAUACACAUUUCUCCGGUGUCUUUGCUAUGGGCUUUUCUAUCCGUUCUUGUAGCGAGCACAAGUCUUCUGAGUUUCAUAACACCGUACUGGACUGUCCAUCCGGAUCACAUCCAUUCAUUCGGUUUGUUUAACCUGUGCGUGAGAGAUCAAAGGUUUGCUCAUCCAAGGUCUUUGUGCAUGAACUUCGGACUUCAAACUCUCACAUCGUCUGCUGAUAUAGCCAAGAUCCCUUCUGGUGCUUGGCAGGCUGCCUGCUUGCUUUAUGGAGCGGGCGUGUGUGUUCAAAUCCUUGGUGCACUGGUAUCGCUGGUUGUGUUAGCGCUGGGUGAACCGUGGCAUCACAGAGUAGCUCUCAUCAAUGGAUACAUGCAGACGGUUGGAG